AUGCUCAUUUAUCCGUUGUUCGUCACAGACAAUCCUGACGAGGAGACUUUAAUUCCUUCCUUGCCAAACCAAUACCGUCGUGGAAUUAAUCGCCUGGUCCCCUUUCUUGCCCCCCUUGUUCGGAAGGGACUGCGCUCGGUAAUGCUGUUUGGUGUUCCGCUUCACCCGUCCGCCAAAGAUGCACUCGGAACAGCCGCAGAUGACCCCGAUGGUCCUGUGAUCCAAGCUAUCCGUCUUUUACGAUCCCGUUUUCCUCAACUUUAUAUCACGACCGAUGUAUGCCUCUGUGAGUAUACGUCGCACGGCCACUGUGGUAUCCUACGAGAAGACGGGACUCUCGACAAUGCGCAAUCCGUUGACCGGAUCUCCGAUGUAGCUAUCGCUUACGCGGCGGCUGGAGCUCACUGCGUGGCCCCGUCAGACAUGAACGAUGGUAGAAUCCGAGCUAUCAAGCUCAAGUUGAUUGAAGCUGGUGUGGCACAUCGCGUACUUUUGAUGUCUUACAGCGCCAAAUUCAGUGGCUGCUUAUAUGGACCGUUCCGUGAUGCAGCUGGCUCCUGCCCCUCAUUCGGGGAUCGUCGGUGCUACCAGCUUCCGCCAGGCGGCCGUGGUCUUGCCCGGCGUGCCAUACAGCGAGACAUGGCGGAAGGUGCAGAUAUUAUCAUGGUGAAGCCAGCUAGCAGCUACCUUGAUAUUAUCCGGGACGCCAAGGAUUUGGCACCAGAUCUUCCAGUGGCCGCCUACCAGGUCAGCGGCGAAUUUGCGAUGAUCCACGCCGCUGCCAAGGCCGGUGUGUUCAACCUGAAGGAUAUGGCCUUCGAAAGCACCGAAGGCAUAUUGAGAGCAGGCGCUGGCAUUGUGAUCAGUUAUUUCGUCCCAGAAUUCCUCGACUGGCUUUAA